AUGUAUGCGCGGCCGAAGAAGCUGAAUAAGAAGAAGUGGUUGGCCCUGUGGAGAAAAACGCCUUACGUGAGACAUGGGAAGUCACGCCGCGGCGAGAUCUCUAAGGCGAAGUGGUCGUGCAGCGCGAAGCAACUCCAGAGUCUCAGUGAGAGACAGAUCGUCCUGGAGAUGACUGCCGCUGGCUUCCUGAAAGACUGGUCGCAACAUGCGUGCCCUCAUUGCGGCGAGGGGCAGGUGUCGAAGCUCCAGCGCAGGGCAUGUGGUACAUGGGCGCACCGCUGCUGCAGAAAGUCUUGCCAAACAUACAUUCUGCCACAGGCUUGCCACCCGGUGCUGUCGACCGCGCGGGGCAGAGAUUAUCAGAGUUUGAAGGACCAGAUGAUCAUACUUUUCGGGCUCGUGGCGGGGCUUACGACGGCGCAGAAUCAUUUGCUCAGGGAAAGCAGCAAGAACUUCAUCUCGAACAUGUCCACCAGGCUUGAUCAGGCCCGGCAAAAGUUUGUCUUGCGCGAGGAAAAGAAGAUUAGAUUCGGCGAUCCACUCCAGAAGCAGUGGCUGGACGUAGAGGCAGACGAGGUCGACCUUGGCAAGGAGCAGGUCGGCGACAAGAUGAAGCGGAAUCAAUGGGCCGGCAUUGUGGAGCGCGGCCGACCUGAGUCCCUGGUCAUCUUCAAGACGUCGGCGAAGCUGACGAAGCCGCGCGCGCCGGGCCCCGGCCCCAUCACGAAGAAGGACUGGGCGCCAAUGGCUAAGAAACACCUCAAAGGGCGCAAAAUUCUGUUUCAUACAGAUGGCGCGCGGGCUUACAAAAUCGGCAUGAACCGGAAGAGCAAGCUCGACGGCGUGGUGCACGACUACGUCGUGCACAAGCUGAAGAAACAUGGGGCCAGCAAAAAACUCAAGGCGACGUGCGUCCAGCUCUUUUCCCACUGCAUCGAGGGAAAGACCGUCCACGCCAAGGGGGGAACGCAGAUCAUCGAUCGGUGCUGUUGUGUUUGCGGAAGCACGUGGGGACGCGCUCUUCCACCCUUUCAGGCAUCAGAAAGUACGACGCCAGAGUGCGCGCUGCGCAGUGGCAUUACUGGCACAUGGGCUCUGAUCUCUGGGCGAAGACAGGCGACAUGUUCAGGGCUUUGCUGUGAGUUUCUGGGCGUUGCAUCGCAUCUCUACGUAGUGUUCUCACUGACUGUUACGUCGCAUCUUCACGCGGCGCUCUCACUGACUGCAGCAAGAGCAUUCUACAAUCCUUGA